CCUGCUACGUGAAAUACCUGUUAUACCCAUGAGGCGCCUUCUCAUUCUUCCCCUCUCCUUCCUCCACACAGCGACGCGUGACAUUUCCUCUCGCUCCCAUUCUUUCGAUAUCACUGUCGAGCGCUUUGCUUUCUCUGUUCUGCGGUUGUCUUUCAGGCGUUGUUGGAAUGGUUAUGCCUUUGAAACGUGAGGAGGGUCCAGCUGUCCUACAGUUGCAAAGGUGGAAUGUAGGACACCUAGAUUUAUCACAAUUCAAUGAAGCUUCUAUUUCUCCAACACGUGAGCUUCUAUUGUUGCUGUCUCAUCAAUGUGAGGCAUUAUUUUUUCCUUUGACUUCAAUUAAGUCAUCAAAGAGGUCUCCACAACUUUCCAUAUCAGCAGGAUCAGUUUUUUCUUUGCAUCCUGAGUCAGUUUUGCAUUCCAGUGAAGACGGUUCUAAUCUAUACCCUGUAAUUUCUGAUGUCAAAUCACAUGCCUGGGGCUGUUCUGGUGAUAUAUACAGUAGCAACAGCAGUUCAGCUUUCAAGGACAUCCUUUUUGUGUCUGGUAGCCAUGGUGUCACUGUCCAUGCUUUUUGCUGCUUGGACCAAAGAAAUGAAUCCACAGUGUCAACUUCUGAUAGUGGCUCUUCAAAUGGGAAGUGGGUUGAGUGGUGCAACAAUAAUCAAAAUAAUGAAACAGAUGAAGGAAAUGGAGAUUCUAAUACUGAAUAUCCAGAUUCAAAAAGCAAAAGUUGGUUAAAAACAUUCUUUAUGGAUGUUGAAACGAUUCAAACAGAAGGAAAUCUUAUCAUCAAGUAUCCUGAGAAAUCAACAUUUCCGUGCUCUGUGGAGGUGGUGUCAUUCAGUUUGUUUAAAAAUGCUUCAACACUUUUGAGAUUCCUUCGCAAAUCCACUGGUGCAUUAAACAGAGAAGCAAAGACGAUAGAGGAGGUGAUCAAAGAUCCAGUUAGUGAUGGUGUAGCUUCUCCUAGAAAUUUGAGUGAAUCUUCUGAAUUUGAUUCAUCUAUUCAGGGCAAUUCCCUGUUUCAGAGCUUGCAAUGUAAUUAUUGCAGAAUAUUUUCAAGUGCUUCUAAUCACUUAAUUGGGUUGGUUUUGACAACAAUAGAGCCUCUUCUUAUGGACAUGAAUGGAAGUGAUAUGAAGUGUGAGAGCCAGAUUUCAGUGGUCAUUGCUGCCUUGUAUCCAUGGGGAAUAAAGUGUGUUUGCUCGGUGGUGCUUCCACUUUAUUGUCAUAAUCUGAGGCCAGAGCGUGAAUGGGUGGAUUUUCAAUUUUCAGGGAAUCUUCUCCUUUGCUUGAAUAUGAAAGGUCUCAUCUUUCUUUGGGAGGCAACAUCAGGAAAACUUGUUACCCAAGUUGAUAUAUUGUGGAGGUGUGGAAUAAAUCUCAGGCCAAUGGCAUGGUUGCACGAGAAAGAGGUGUCAAAUCAUUUUGACAAAUUUUCUUCAGUAAGGAAUGAAGUAAAAAGUCAACCAUGUGGGGACAUUGAAGAGGGGGCAUCCUUCAACAAAAAUGUGAAUGAUACAAAACGAGAAUUCAGAAAGUUGUUAGUGGCUUCAAACUCUAUGCUGCUUGCUGCUGUAGAUAUUUGUGGAUUUGUGUAUGUUAUUUCAACUAAGGAGUGCAUUUUGCAGAAGUACAAUGAACUUGUGCCUCAGUUUAAUGACUAUAAUGCUGGUUUAUUUGCAAAUUGGAAAAUUGCUGGUUCAGAUAUAGUUCGUCAAAGGCACUUCUUUGAUCUUUGGGGGGGCGGCAGAUCAAAUGAUUCAUCCUUUCUAAUCGAAGGUUCAUCAUUUACAUAUUUUCAAGAAGAUGCAAGGCCAAGUAAGAGACAAAAAAGACAAACUCAAGUAAUGAGCAACAAAUUUGGUUCAUAUUUUGAUGACAAUUUGACGAAUUUGCAGUAUAAAGACCAGUAUUCCUCCUGUGAGCAAUCAUGUACUCGUAGAGUACAUCUUCCUGCAUAUCGGGCUGAUGUGAGUGAUGUUAUUUCUCUAACUCCUUUUGGAAUUACUCGACUUAUAAAAAAUUCUGAGAAGUCUUACAGUGUAACACAUGCAAGCCUACAAGUUGCUUCAACCAUGUGUGAUGACUUUCUCUGUGGGAUGAAUUUCUGCUCAGCAGCCUCAGUCAACCUGGAGAAAGAUCUGUCAUUCAAUGGUCAAGUUAUCGGUUGCUGUUUUCUGGGAUGCUUAUAUUUGGUAGCAGAAGGAGGUCUCUCAGUUGUUCUUCCUUCAGUUUCCUUUCCAUUAGAUCUCACUCUGGAAUUGAUCAGAUAUUGGCAUCCUACAGUAGAUUCUAGCUGUAGACACCCGACAAAAGAUCUGCUGUUUAUUGGAAGUUGCAGAAACCAUUUUCGGCCUUGGCAGAUGGAGGUCGUAGAUAGAACACUAGUGUAUGAAGGACCUGUGGAAGCAGAUCGUGUAUGCAUUGAAAAUGGUUGGACUGUAAAAGUUGCUCGAAUGCGUCGGUUGGAAUUGGCCCUAGAUUAUUUGAAAUCGGAUGAGAUUGAAAAAUCACUUGAUGCGCUUGUGGCUGUUAAUGUAGCCGAGGAAGGGAUUUUGAGGUUGCUCUUUACAGCUGUACAGCAGUCUUUUGCUAAAUUUGGCAGGGAUAAUGAACUGGCUGUUGUGUUGAGACUUCUGAAUGUAGCAGCACGCUUUGCAACUAAAAUGGUUCAUCAUUAUGGAUUAACAGCACAUGAAAGGGGCGAUAUAGUGACCAGUCUGCCUUUAAAUUUCAGAAUGGUCAAUUUUUCUCCAUUAACUCCAGAACUAAAUGAAACUGUAACCCUGAAGAAGCUUCAUGAGAUGGCUCACCUUUUGGAGAUCAUUAGAGAUUUACAGGGUCGACUGAGUAGGAAAUUCAGAAGGCCAGGUCAAAAAAUGGUAAAUGGUGAGGAUAUCUCAGGUUCUAAUCAGCCAAACUCUAUAGCUGAUGGCAUUUCUCUGGAUGGUCACAGUGAUGUUUUGUUUGACAUGACAGAUGUUCAGAAUAAAAAAGAACUAUGCCCUCAAUCUGGUCAAGUUAAUACAGCUUUACCUAACGUGGACAAUCUUGCUGUAUCACCUUUGGAAUCCGUGGUUUCAUCCUCAGAUAUGUUUGACUCCAGAAAUUUUCGUGAAGCUUUUCUCCACUCACAAGUUGAUGGAAAUCUAAGGAGGCAAAUGCUUCCAUUGGAACCCCCUAAGGAUACAAUUGCACGUUGGGAGAUCAACAACUUGGAUAUGAAGAAUAUCGUAAAAGAUGCCUUACACUCGGGCCGUCUUCCUUUAGCUGUUCUUCAGUUGCAUCUUCAACACUCUAAACAUAUGAUUCAGGACCAAGAGUCCCGUGAUACUUUUGACAAGGUUCGGGAGGUCGGAAGAGCUAUUGCUUAUGAUCUGUUUUGCAAGGGUGAAGUUGAACUAGCAGUAGAAGCACUUGAAAGACUUGGUGAGGACAUUGAAGUCAGCCUCAAACAGUUAUUAUUUGGCACAGUAAGGAAAUCCCUAAGGGCACAAAUUGUGGACAUGACAAAAAAACGUACUUGUCUUGGGCCUUAUGAAUUGAAUGCUUUGGAGCAGAUUUCACUUAUUGAGAGGCUAUAUCCAAGCAGUAAUUUUGGGGCUGCUUAUGCUAUUAGACAGAAGGAAGUUGGUAAUGCUCUCAUACAUGCAACUUUACCGCAAGGGGUUCGAUUGCAGUUGACCCUUUCUCAUGCUUGUAAUGGACAAAGUAUUGAAUGUGGAGAAAUUGAUGGGGUUGUACUUGGUUCAUGGCCUGAUGCUAAUGAAAGUUCUUGUCAUCCUGUUGAAGAAGACAAUCACCAUGCAUUUUACUGGGCAGGUGCUGUUAUCUGGUCUGAUGCUUGGGAUCAAAAAACAGUUGAUAGAAUUAUUUUGGAUCAGCCAUUUCUAAUGGGAGUUCACGUUCUAUGGGAGUCACAGUUAGAAUAUUAUAUCUGCCACAACGAUUGGGGGGAGGUUUCGAGACUGCUUGACACAAUUCCAGCAGCUUCUCUGCUAGUUCAAGAUCUCCACGUCCAAUUGAAUGCCCCCUAUUUUUCUUCAUCAGUUGAGCAUGGUAGAAGUCUUUCAGAUGUUGAUGGGCCAUCUGAUGAAGAAUUGGAUGAAAUGUCCAUGACCAUCCCAAAAGUCAGAAUCUUCAAAAGUUUGGCAGGGAUUACGUGCUCCUUAUGGCUGAAGAUGCUGGUGGAGAUUAAGCUUGCAAAAACCUUUAUAUUCACAAGGGGAUAUUGGGAAGGCACAUCUGAGAUUAUUAUGUUGCUUGCAUGCAGUGGUUUUAUUUCUCAAAAUUCAAGAUCUUUCACUGGGUUGGAGCAUGAUGGUGAUGAACCUGAAAUUGGAUCUUGGCAUAGUGUUAACAUCUUGGGUGAUGAGGCCAAGCUGGCUAUACAUAAACUUGUUGUUCGUCAUUGUGUUCAUUAUAACUUGCCAAGCCUUUUGGACGUUUAUUUGGAUCAUCACGAUUUGGCUUUAGAUGAAACUUCCCUAAGCUUAAUGCUUGAUGCUGCAGGGGAAUGUCAUUGGGCAAGAUGGUUGCUGUUCAGAAGGUUAAGGGGUUGCGAGUAUGAUGCAUCCUUUGCCAAUGCUCGGUCAAUCAUAUCCCAAAGCUUUGCAUUGGGUAGCAACAUUUCUGAUUUAGAGCUUGAUGGCAUAAUAAUUACUGUUGAUGAUAUGGCUGAAGGGGGUGGAGAAAUAGCUGCUUUAGCAACUCUUAUGCAUGCACAGUCACCUAUUCAGAAGUGCCUCUGCAGUGGAAGCAUAAGUAGGCAUUCUAGGUCAUCUGCCCAGUGCACUUUGGAAAACCUCAGGCCUGGGCUUUUGCACUUCCCUACGUUGUGGCAGACCCUGGUAACGUCUUGCUUUGGACAGGGUUUUGAUGGCUUUGCUUCAAGCCCUAAAGCAAGAAAUGUGUUUGGCAGGUCCUCUUUGUCAGAUUAUCUGAAGUGGAGAGAGAAUAUUUUCUUUUCAGCUGGAGGUGAUACAUCUUUAUUGCAAAUACUUCCAUGUUGGUUCUCUAAGUCCAUGAGAAAACUAGUUCAGCUUUUAGUUCAGGGUCCUCUCGGUUGGCAGUCACCAUCUGAUGCUUUGCCCAAGGGAGAGUCUAUAGUACAUAGGAGCACUUUGCACUUCGACAUAAAGGAAAAUGCUGCAGUUGAUGCUGUCUCUUGGGAAGCUGCCAUCCAGAAAAGCAUUGAAGAGGAGCUGUAUACUUCUUCAUUUCAGGAAAAUGAAUUUGGAGUUGAGCACCACUUGCAUCGUGGCCGAGCACUGGCUGCUUUUAAUUAUCUUUUAGGUGUUCGGGCACGCAAAAUGAGAACAACUAAUAGUCGCCAAGCAAAUAUUCAGUCUGAUGCUCAAGCACUUCUUUCUCCAUUAACACCAGAUGAAGAAUCGCUGCUUGCUUCAGUAAUUCCACUUGCAAUACUGCACUUUGAGGACCCUGUGUUGGUUGCUGCUUGUAUAUUUCUGCUGGAGAUGUGUGGAUUUUCUCCUACCAUGCUACGUGUAGAUAUUGCAGUGCUACAGCGCAUAUCAUCUUUCUACAAGUCUAAGGACUACAAUGAACAUCAAUUUACGACAAAGGGCUCUACUUUUCUUGUUACACCUGCCAACGGUGAUUGUACUGUAUCUCUUGCUCGAACUUUAGCGGAUGAAUACUUGCAUUACAAUGGUCUUAAGCAAAAGGCACCCAUUGAUCAUCAUCCUUCACAUACUCUAAUGGCUGUACUCCAGCACUUGGAAAAAGCUAGUUUACCAGUGAUGGUUGACGGACCCACUUGUGGGUCAUGGCUUUUAAGUGGGAUGGGUGAUGGAGCUGAUCUUCGUGCUCGACAAAAAGCUGCAAGCCACCAUUGGAGUUUGGUGACACGAUUCUGCCAAAUGCAUCACCUUCCUAUAAGCACAAGAUAUCUUUCCAUGCUUGCAAAGGAUAAUGAUUGGGUUGGAUUCCUCACAGAAGCACAGAUAGAGGGAUGUCCAUAUGACAUGGUCAUCCAAGUAGCAACAAAGGAUUUCUCUGAUCCACGGCUUAAAUCUCAUAUAUUGACUGUUCUGCGAAGCAUGCAGCCUGCAAGAACAAAAGUCACCUCUGGAGCUAGUUCCACAUUGCCAGCAAAAAACAGUGAUAUUUGUAUGCCUCCACAAAAUAAUGUGAUGAUUCCUGCAGAACUUUUUGAGAUUCUUGCAGAAUGUGAGAGUAAGAAAAAUACGGGGGAAGCUCUGCUACAGAAGGCAAAAGAUACUCGAUGGUCACUUUUGGCAAUGGUCGCUUCAUGCUUUCCAGAUGUAUCUUCCUUGUCCUGCCUAACAGUUUGGCUUGAAAUUACUGCAGCAAGGGAAACCUCGUCUAUAAAGGUGGAUGAUAUUUCUUCUCAAAUUGCCAGAAAUGUUGGUGCAGCUGUGGAGGCAACUAAUUCUUUGCCAAUCAGUAGCAGGGCGCUUGCUUUCCGGUACAACAGGAAAAACCCUAAAAGAAGGCGCCUGAUUGAAAUAGUUACCUCCGAGAUCUCUCCAGCUAGUGUUUUUUAUCAUUCUGAUACUUCCGAUGCUCUGAAAAGUUCUGUUCCUCAAGAGCGAGAAGUUCCAGCGGAAGAGAGAAAUAGACAGUCAGAAGAUGACACUCAAGAUGAAUGUCGUCCAGAUGAUGGGCUUGUAUCUCUAUCAAAAUUGGUUUCUGUGCUAUGCGAACAGCACUUGUUCUUUCCAUUGCUCAGAGCAUUUGAAAUGUUCCUCCCCUCAUGUCCUCUCUUACCUUUUAUUCGUUCCCUCCAGGCUUUCUCUCAAAUGCGUCUCUCAGAAGCUUCAGCACAUUUAGCAUCCUUCUCAACCAGAAACAAAGAAUCCCAUCAUAUGAAUGCUAUGAAAGAUGAAAAGGCCGGUAUGUGGAUAGCCUCAACUGCCAUUAAAGCAGCUGACGCGAUGCUCUCAACAUGUCCAUCUGCCUAUGAGAGAAGGUGCUUAUUGCAACUACUGGCCGCUGCUGAUUUUGGAGAUGGAGGACCUGCUGCUUCACGUUUUCGACGAGAGCAUUGGAAAAUUAGUCUGGCCGAGCCCUUUUUGUCUGAAGGUGAUGGCUUAUACAUAGGAGAAGAAGCACUAGAUGAUGCUAAACUUUUAACUGCCUUGGAAAGGCGUGGAUAUUGGGAUCAAGCACGUAGUUGGGCCAAGCAGUUGGAAUCAAGCAGUACACAAUGGAAAUCUGCUGUUCAUCAUGUUACUGAAACUCAGGCUGAAUCAAUGGUGGCGGAGUGGAAGGAAUUCUUAUGGGAUGUCCCAGAGGAACGGGUUGCGCUGUGGGGCCAUUGCCAGUCCCUUUUUCUUAGGCACUCGUUUCCAGCACUGCAGGCUGGCUUAUUUUUCCUCAAGCAUGCAGAGGCAGUAGAAAAGGAUGUUUCAGCAAGAGAAGUUCAUCAAAUGCUACUGCUUUCACUCCAGUGGUUGAGUGGAAGUAUUACCCGUUCCCAACCUGUCUAUCCACUUCAUCUAUUGAGGGAGAUUGAGACCAGGGUUUGGCUAUUGGCUGUGGAAUCAGAAGCUCAAGUUAAGGCUGGUGGAGGCUUGGCUUUGCUUGAUCCCAUCCAGGAAUUGUCUAAUGGAAACAGCACCAACAUGAUAGAACACACUGCAAAUAUUAUAUCCAUUAUGGAUGAUCAUUUAAAUGCUAUGAGGCUUAGAUCCACAGAAAGGAAUGAUACCAGGGAAACUAGUCAGCAUCUUCGGCAUGGUAUUGCCUUAGAUCAAGUCUCAUCAGGCAGUCCUACAAAGACAAAGCGGAAAGGCAAAAACUACCUCACUUCAAGACGUACCUUGGCAGAUGCUUCUGACAAAAUUAAUGAGCCUGAAGACAAUCCUGAUCCAAUUUACAGAGGUAACUUUGAGCUGUUCAGAAGCUCCCAAUUGCAGGAGGAAAAUGUGAAACUAGAAGCAUCUGUAUCAGGAUGGGAGGAAAGAGUUAGGCCUGCAGAAUUGGAGAGAGCUGUAUUAUCCCUUUUGGAGUUUGGACAAAUAACUGCUGCCAAACAACUUCAUCAGAAGUUAUCUUCAACAGAUGUACCGCAGGAGUUUAUGUUUGUGGAUGCUGCUUUAAAACUUGCUGCUUCUGCAACUCCUGGCUGUUGUCAAACAUCUUUAUCUAUUGUCGAUCAAGAUGUUUUUUCAGUCAUGCAGUCUUGCAAUAUACUCAGCGAUGUAGUGGCUGAUCCCCUAGAGGUCCUGGAGAUCUUGACAUCACACUGUACUGAAGGUCGCGGGCGUGGAUUAUGUAAUAGAAUAAUUGCAGUGGUAAAAUGUGCCAAUGUGUUGGGCAUUUCUUUCUCAGAGGCUUUCCAGAAACGUCCAAUUGAAUUGCUUCAGUUGCUUUCUCUCAAAGCACAAGAUUCUCUCGAGGAAGCCAAGUUCCUUGUUCAGACUCAUUUCAUGCCACCAGCUAGCAUUGCACGUAUCUUAGCUGAGUCAUUUCUGAAGGGUUUGUUGGCUGCACAUCGUGGAGGAUAUAUGGAUUGUCAGAAAGAGGAAGGACCUGCUCCUUUGUUGUGGAGGCUUUCUGACUUCAUCAAGUGGGCGGAAUUGUGUCCUGCAGAACCUGAGGUGGGGCAUGCCUUGAUGCGUCUGGUUAUCACAGGGCAUGAAAUACCACAUGCAUGCGAGGUUGAGCUUCUAAUUUUGUCUCAUCACUUCUACAAAUCCUCUGCUUGUCUUGAUGGGGUUGAUGUUCUUGUAGCCCUUGCUGCAACCAGGGUUGAAUCUUACGUUUCAGAAGGAGACUUUGCAUGCUUAGCUCGCCUGGUUACUGGAGUAAGCAAUUUUCAUGCCUUGAAUUUCAUACUUGACAUACUCAUAGAGAAUGGCCAGUUGGAACUCUUGCUUCAGAAGUUCUCUGCAGCAGAGACAACUGGUGCUGCAGAGGCAGUUAGAGGAUUUCGUAUGGCCGUUCUUUCAUCCUUGAAGCGGUUUAAUUCUCAAGACCUUGAUGCAUUUUCAAUGGUGUACAAUCACUUCGACAUGAAGCAUGAGACUGCUAAAUUAUUGGAAUCACGUGCGAUGCGGUCCCUCCACCAAUGGUCUACCCAGUACAAUAAGGAACAGAAUGAGGAGCUCCUAGAGACCAUGCGGUAUUUCAUUGAAGCAGCUGAGGUUUUUUCCACUAUUGAUGCCGGCAACAAGACCCAAUAUUUUUGUGCACAGGCAUCACUUGUCGCCCUUCAGAUCCGCAUGUCUGACUUUCCAUUGCUUGGCCAGUCAGAGACUAAUGCUAGGCGUGCAUUAGUUGAGCAGUCCCGUUUCCAAGAGGCCCUCAUUGUUGCAGAGGCAUAUGGCCUUAAUCAGCCAAGUGAAUGGGUUCUGGUUCUGUGGGACCAAAUGCUUAAGCCAGAUUUGAUUGAGGAAUUUAUGUCCGAAUUUGUGUCUACCCUGCCACUACCAUCCUUUAUGCUCGUUGAACUGGCCAGGUUUUAUCGAGCCGAAGUGAUGGCAAGGGGAGAUCAGUCUCAUUUCUCUGUGUGGUUGUCACCUGGAGGAAUGCCGGUCGAAUGUGUGAGGCAUCUUGGACGUUCUUUUAGAUGCCUUCUCAAGCAUGCGUGGGAUUUUAGGUUGAGGCUUCAGAUGGCAACGAUAGCGACUGGAUUCGGGGAUGUGAUUAGCGCAUGUGCAAAGGUGUUGGAUCGGGUGCCUGAUACAACCGGUCCACUCAUUCUGAGGAGAGGGCAUGGUGGAAACUACGUGCCUUUGAUGUAGAUGCUAACUUUUGAGUAAGAUGGUUUUGCUGGGGCGAGGAGUGGGAUAGUUUCUGUGAAUAGCCGUAGGUGGUGCCAUUUUUUGCAGCAGAUUUUCUCAGUGGCUGAUUUUUUUCAAGUGGUCACUCGGCCAAUAAGUGGUGAAAAAUCUUUUUGCAGCGUGUCUGUGUUCAAAUUUUGAGAGGCGAGGAUCUUUCACAGUUUGUGGAGUGUUUUGCUUCACCCAUGAAAUCUUUUUUGCAGGUGUGAUUAGGAUUCUUUUCAUCUCCAUAGGAAUUUCCCCUCGUUAUUCUGUUGAGCUCUCCAAGUGGUGUCUAAUCAUAAUUUUUCCUGUACUUUAUGUAUAUGUGAAUGUAGUAAUCAUUUGGUUGAGUAGUUUCGCUUAUCCUUCUUUUUGGCUUGCCAAGGAUGGCCGCUUGUAAUGUCCCUGUAUGUUGUGUAAAUAUUUCUUUCUAAAUUCAUAUCAUUCAUCUCUCUC